AUGAAAGACCCUAUCAUCUCUGAGCGUGCGAUAGAUGAGCCAAGGCCUUUAAAGGUGAUCUACGUUGGAGCAGGUGUUUCCGGAAUACUGGCAGCGAUCCAAUUUCCGAAGCAUGUACCAGGGAUUGAGCUCGCUAUCUACGAAAAGAACCCAGACCUUGGGGGGACUUGGUUUGAAAACAGGUAUCCCGGUUGUGCUUGUGAUAUCCCAGCACAUUCAUAUCAGCUGAGUUUUGAAUCCUCCGUGGACUGGACGUCUUUCUAUGCGACAGCACCGGAGAUCUUCCAGUAUUGGCAGCGGGUUGCAGACAAAUACAACGUUCGACGGUUUAUGACGUUCCGACACCGUUGUAUUGAAGCGCGUUGGAACGACGUGACUUCUCAGUGGCAUGUGAAGUUUAUCAAUCUUGACACCGGGCUGAUUAUUGAAGACUCAGCGGACGUGCUUAUGAGUGGUGUCGGUGCACUGAACCAAUGGGAAUGGCCGAGUAUUAAGGGAUUGCACGAUUUCAAAGGUCCUUUGAUGCAUAGUGCUAACUGGGACGUGGCAUUUCAACCGAAGGAUAAAAAUGUGGCUGUGAUUGGGGCAGGAAGCAGUGGCAUACAAAUCGUCCCAGCCCUGCUCCCGGAGGUCAAGUCUAUGGACCACUACGUUCGCGGCCGCACCUGGAUUGCCGCGUCGUUCGGAAGUCAAUUUGUCAGAGAACGGAACAAUGGGAAUGACGGCAACUUCGACUACACUGAAGAUGAGAAACGGGCGUGGAAGGAAGAUCCAGCCUCGUACAAAAUGUACCGAAAGACACUGGAAGCAGGAGUUCAAGGCGUCUACCCAGCGGUAAUGAAGAACUCAGAAUUGCAGGCAGCGAUGAGGAGCCAAUUUGACCAAGAUAUGCGAGAACGGCUCAAGGCGAAACCUGAGCUUGCUGAACGUAUUGUUCCCGACUUUGCACCGUUCUGCAAGCGACUCACUCCCGGCCCUGGCUACCUUGAAGCUCUCGUUUCACCCAAGGUCAACGUGAUCCACGAUGGCAUUGCAUCAGUGGAUGAGACAGGCAUAAUAACCGAAGAUGGGCAGCACCGGCCAGUCGAUGCCAUUGUUUGUGCCACUGGCUUCCGCUCCUUCGGCGGAAGCUUUCCUCUCUAUGGACGUGGCGGACUCAGUCUCACGGAAUACAACAAGGACAGGCCGGAAACCUACCUGGCGGUCUGUAUGGACCGCUUCCCGAACUAUUUCCAGACACUGGGCCCCAACUCCGGGCUUGGAGCUGGUAAUCUACUCAUGGUCCUUGAAUCCGUGACCCUAUACGUUGCUCAAAUUCUACGUAAGCUUGCCACCGGAAAUGUGAAGACCAUCGAGCCCAAGCGAAAGCAAGUGGAAAACUUCACCAGAUUCUGCGAAGCAUAUCACAAACGGACAGUAUUCACCGACAAAUGUGCCAGUUGGUACAAAUCAGGUACAACAGUUGAGGAGAGAACGUCUGGCAUUGUCAUUGGGGUGUGGCCCGGAAGUGGUGUCCACCUCAUCAAGGCAUACCAAGAUGUGAGGUGGGAGGACUUUGAAAUGCAGCCGUCUGAUGGGAAUGAGUUUGGCUGGUUUGGUAAUGGCUGGAGUGUUGGAGACCUCAAGAAAGAUACGGAGGCGCUGACCUGGUAUCUGAAUGACACCAGGUUUGUCCACGAAGAUUUACCAGAAAGUAAGGAGGAUUAG